AUGGCUACCCUUCAAGACCAAAUCGCCUCUCACCUCCUCACCACCAAAUCCCUCCCCGUCUCCCGAAGCUGGCUUCAGACUUUCACAACCACCACAACGACCAGCAAUGUCCCCUUGUCAACUCUCGCUCAAACAGCGCUCUACCACAUCCUAAACUCCGAUAUCCGGGAAACCCUCUCCACGGACCGCCCAUCCUCGCUCCUGCCCAUGGACAUCUCGGACCCAACCCUGAAAGAAAGGAGACUCCCCUGUCCCAUCCCGGUCCAGGUCCUCGAUAUCGAAGAUAUUGGCACGAGCCUGUGGAACCAGGUCGAGGCUAUUGAGCGUGUGGAAAGGGGAGAGACCGUAAGGGGAAAGGAAAUUAUACGAACUGUUAACGUGGAUGAUCGUGAGGUACUGGGGAACAGUAACGGCAAUGCCAAUAAUAAUAGCGCUGCUACGGCUAGUGGGAUGGGCGGCAGUAGCAAUGGUCCGCAUCGGCUAAUUCUCCAGGAUGCAGCUAAUACAAGGGUUGUCGGCAUCGAGUUGAAGUCUGUCGAUGGCAUCGGUAUUGGGAAAUUACCUAUCGGGGCGAAGAUGAUCUUACGCAGCGUGACUGUGGCAAGGGGCAUGGCUCUACUGGUACCUGAUUCUGUCACGAUUCUCGGUGGGAAGAUCGAAUCGUUGGAUCAGGAAUGGAAAAGGACGAGAAAGGCGAGGUUGUUGGAGAGACUUCAAGCUGAAGGGAAUACAAAUGGUGAAACGACAGGAUGA